CGAAGGAUAUCCUCGUCGCGCGCUAUUGCUUUCCUUGCUGAUGACAGUAGACAAGGAAAACAAUAGCUCGCGACAAGGACAGAAAUAUAAAUUAGUUCUAUCGUUUCACCGCUACGCGACGCUGGCAUUUCAGUGUCCGUAAAUUUGAAGGUUAAUCUUCAAUUGCAGAGAAAAGUAAUUUGAGGCAAUUAUUUGUAAACUUCUACGAUUGUUCUCAGCUUUCUUCUCGUAUUUUUUUUUGAUUCACAAAGUAGUACGAUAUAAAUAUAAAAAGUUUACAAAUUGUCCGUAUGCAAUAUUUAUUCGAUAUUUGUGUCGAGUUGCAGUUUUGAAUUCGUCACAAAACAUAGAGAAGAAGUAUCGCAAAAAAGAUGAAAUUACAUAAUUUUGCACGAUUUUUCUAUUGAAAAGUAAAGUGUAUUGUGUGUAUUUCUAUUUUUCAGAGCUUGCAUACCGCUUUUUUUUUGUCGUUAUUGUACCGAGUGCGUUCCGCGUCGAUACACAAAUUAGCGCACACAAGAUUUUGACAACUAAUUGCGUUUUAGAUGUAAAAAACAUCACUGUACGUAUGCUUUUAUCGUAUAUAUGCAAUAUAUUGAAAUUUAAAAAAUGGGAGAUAUUGUCGCUUCUGGCAAUCUUAAUAGCGUUAAAGUGGUUCACGAUUUUUACAUUUCAACCAAACAUACGUCGUUCGAUAGAAUUACAUAAAUGUCCAGCAUGUUUCGGUACUUCGGCGUGUAAUUAUAUCCACGAAGUAGACAUCGCGCUUCGUGAUGUUUAUUCCGUGUUUGCGUACUUCUUCGGAGUAAAAAAUGUAUUUUUUGGAGUCUUUAACGGAAGUAGAGUAAUCCUGAAGAAGCUGGCACAAAAUUCCGAAUUGGACGAAUUUGAUCGAAUGAUUUGCGAGGACGAAGCGUUUUCCGACGUCUGUACGAAAAGUAUAAAGAGAACAGACUAUAAAAUUAAUGCCAAUUUUCGCGAACUCGUUGAAAAAGAGAUUGGUACGAAUCCUGUAAGAAAUAACUUUAACCGUUUGAAGCUUUGCCCCACCGUUCAACGUUUAAACGCCCUUCUAAACGAUGUGUAUUACUACGAGAGAGAUACCGAUAGGAAAGUGCUCGACGUCUACGUUUGGGUAUUAACGGUUCUUAAUCCCGAGCCUCUCGUUCUACAGAUAUUAUCCGCGGACAAAGGUUGGCCAGUACCAAAAUAUUUUGGUGCCUGUGGACGAAUUGUAGUCGAGGAGUAUGUCGGAUUGCCAUUAACUGCUUAUUACAACGAGCCAUGGUUACGUAGAGCUAAACUAGCUUCGAGUCUUUUAGAUGCUGCUUAUAAGUUUACUUAUAAAAAUGAAAAUUUUAGUUUCUAUUUAACUGAUGUAUCUGCUGAUAACGUAGCAGUCGAUUCAGCUGAUAAUGUAAAAUUUGUGGAUCUAGAGAGUAUCAUUGUUGUUGAUAAAAGUACAACUCCUACAGGUAUUCUAAAAGUAAAACGUGUUGAGAAAUCUACUACGUGGAAUCGAUUGCAAGUGAAUACCGAGGAUUUUAGUUGUUCAGAAUGUUUAGCAUUCUCUAGUACUGACAUAUGCAAUCACAGAGUCAGCGAUCACAACUAUUACGCGAUAUGUAAGGUAUUAUUGACGUUAAAUGUAAAUAAUGGUAUAUUACCUGGUGGUCUGCUACACGACAUGCCUGCAGAUAUAUUUGAAAGUUAUCCAAAUGUACGACGUUUAAUACAACAGUGCGUACAUCCUCAAACACCUCUCAAUAGAAUAGACGCAGGAAUAGAACUUAAAAAGCUGUUAGAUAUUAUAAUACAAAGGCGUAAAAGUAUUAAAUAAAGAUGUGCAAUUAACUGUAAUCGAAUGUAAAUUAUUAUGUACAAAAUUUUCAUAUGUGAACUGAUAAUUGACAAUAUUGUAUAUUGUGAUUCUUUUUUUGUCGAUGGUUCUUUUUUUGUUAGACGUGGUAAUUUCUAAAUAAACGAUCCCAUUUUCCUUAAAAUAAAUAAUCGUGAAUAAACUCUAAUAAUACUAUUCUAAUUUCAGUCAUAAAUGAUGACUUGAUUACCAGGUUGAAAAGCAAUCGUCUGCGAUUAAGA